CGAUAGAAUCGAAACCACCAAGUCUUAGGCACCUCGGACUGAUUACAGACGUUCAGGCACAAAGUGAAGCUGCUGCCUGCAGACUUUUUCAUAGUUUCACUCGGCAGUAUCAAAGAAAACAUCCACAGCACACUUCCAUCCGCACGUAAAAGCUGGGCUUCUCUCCACCUCGCUCCUUCCUCAACACAUCAUCCAAACCACGAAGUCAUGGCCGAGCCUCCGAAUCAAAGCGAUGAUGGCCAGUCUCCUGACGACGUCUUCAACAGCGAAGAAGACUCCGACAUCACCCUUGUCUUUGGCAAAAACAAAGUCUUCGCUCACCGCGUAAUCCUGCGUCUGUGGUCUCCUUUCUUCAAACGCGCAUUCAAGUCACAAUUCCCAGUGGCUACAAGCCCAUCUUUUGAAUUCGACGACCAAGAGGAUUGUGACGCAGUCUACUCCAUGCUCCGUCAUAUGUACAACAUGCCCUACGGUCAGCACCCCAACAACCAGAUCCGCUCUCUUCAACACUGCAUCCAAGUCUUCACUAUCGCCGACAAGUACGAUUGUCCGUUGCUUCGCGAGACAGCUGUCACCCAGUUCACCCUCAAAUCAGCCAAACUGCUCUACACUCUCGACGCUACCUGGGGAACGAUAUCCAGUUUGAUCGUUCAUUGUAUUCCACGCCUUUGCGGUCCUGAUGCCCCUCAACUUGCCGACUCAUCUCUGCGUAAUCGCAUGUUGGAAAUCUGCAUGGCACGUUACGGUAGACUCGCUCAGGAAGAUGUGUUCAAAAAGGAGAUGCAAGCAGGAAGAUUGUUCGACGGCGAUGCUGCUAUCAAGAUCUUGGCUAGAGUCAGUCAACGUCUCACAGCAUCAGGCGAUACGCAAGACUUCACCAAUCUGCUGAGCGCUGAGACAGUCGAGGACGCUGUACCUAUUGCUAGCAAUGGAGCAUCCGCCUCCAGUCUUUUUGAAAGAAGAGUCUUAGCUAGGAUGCGUGGUGGAGGUCGUGGUGGAGGUCGUGGUAGAGGCCGUGGUAGUUAAGUUUAAUCGUC